AUGGCAGGCUUCCUGCACCGCCACGUGCUCCCGCCCGCGGCGGGCGGGCUGCCGGCGCGCCGCCGGCCGUGGACGCCGCGCCGCAUCCUCGACCCGGGCGACGACGUCGUGCUCAACUGGAACCGCCUCUUCCUCGUCACCUGCAUGGUGGGGCUCUUCGUCGACCCCAUGUACUUCUACCUCAUCCACACCGUCGAAGGGUCGUGCGUCGUCAUGGACAUGAAGAUCGGCGUCGGCGUCACCGCCGUGCGCACCGUCGCCGACCUCUUCUACCUCGCCCACAUGAUCCUCAAGUUCCGCACCGCCUUCGUCGCCCCCAGCUCCCGUGUGUUCGGCCGCGGCGAGCUCGUCCGCGACCCCGACCAGAUCGCCGCCCGCUACCUCAAGAACGAUUUCAUCAUCGACCUCGCCGCCAUGCUCCCCAUCCCCCAGGUGAUUGUCUGGUUUGUGAUACCAGCCGUGAGCAACUCCUCUGCAAACCACACCAACAACACGCUCUCAAUGAUCGUGUUGAUCCAGUACAUCCCCAGAGUGUUCCUCAUCGUAUCCUUGAACUCCAAGAUCGUCAAAUCCAGUGGAGUUGUCACCAGAACUGCCUGGGCUGGUGCUGCUUACAACCUUCUCCUCUACACACUGGCAAGCCAUGUUCUUGGAGCACUGUGGUAUCUGCUGUCAAUAGAGAGGCAGUACACCUGCUGGGUGGACGUGUGCACGAGGGAGAAUGGAACAAACCCAGCCAUACCAAAAUGCUACAUGGACUACUUAGACUGCAAAACGGUGAAGGAUCCCAUACGGAUGGACUGGCAUUCACGCAGUGAGAUCGACCAGCGGUGCCUGCUUCCUAAGGCCACCUACGGCUACGGAUUGUUCGCCGAUGCUCUGAAUCUGGAUAUUACCGGGGUGAAUUUCUGGGACAAGUAUCUCUACUGCCUCUGGUGGGGGUUCAGGAAUCUCAGCUCAUACGGACAGAACUUGGAGAACAGCACAUACAGGGGAGAAACCAUAUUCUGCAUUCUGAUAUGUAUCAUGGGGCUUGUCUUCUUCUCACAUCUCAUUGGAAACAUGCAGACGUACCUGCAAUCGAUGACGGUGAGGCUGGAGGAAUGGCGGGUGAAGCGGCGGGACAUCGAGGAGUGGAUGCGUCACCGGCAGCUGCCGCUGGAGCUGCAGGAGAGGGUGAGGAGGUUCUUCCAGUACAAGUGGCUGGCGACGAGGGGCGUGGACGAGGAGUCGAUCCUCCAGUCGCUGCCGCUGGACCUCCGGCGAGAGAUCCAGCGGCACCUGUGCCUGGCGCUGGUCCGGCGAGUGCCCUUCUUCUCCCAGAUGGACGAGCAGCUGCUGGACGCCAUCUGCGAGCGGCUGGUGUCGUCGCUGAGCACCAAGGACGCGUACAUCGUGCGGGAGGGGGACCCGGUGAGUGAGAUGCUGUUCGUGAUCCGCGGCGAGCUGGAGAGCUCGACGACGGACGGCGGGCGGACCAACUUCUUCAGCUCCAUCACGCUCCGCCCCGGCGACUUCUGCGGCGAGGAGCUGCUGACGUGGGCGCUCAUGCCCAACCCGAGCCUCAACUUCCCGCAGUCGACGCGCACGGUGCGGUCGGUGACGGAGGUGGAGGCGUUCGCGCUGCGCGCCGAGGACCUCAAGUACGUCGCCAACCAGUUCAAGCGGCUGCACAGUAAGCGGCUGCAGCACGCGUUCCGGUACUACUCCCACCAAUGGCGGAGCUGGGGCGCCUGCUUCGUGCAGGGUGCGUGGCGCCGCUACAAGAAGCGGAAGCUGGCCAGGGAGCUCAUCAAGCAGGAGGAGCUUUACUACAUGCAGGGCCAGGGCGGCGCCGGCGACGACGACGGCGACGGCCCCGACGACAGCGACAGCGCGCCGCUGCUCGGAGGCGGCGCCGCCGGCGCUGGCGACCACAAGGACGGCGGCGGCGCGCACCUCGGCGCGACGUUCCUGGCCUCCAAGUUCGCCAAGAACACCAAGAGGAGCGCCGCCGCGCACCACGGCAAGGCGCCGCAGCCGAGGAUGGAGGACGUGUCCAGCAUCAAGUUCCCCAAGCUGGCCAAGCCCGACGAGCCCGACUUCUCCCUCAGCACCGACGACGUGCUCUGACAAAAAACCUCUCUUCCUCCUCCGACGAUCCACCACGAGAGAUCCACAUGUACUCAUCUUUUUUUUUUUCUUUCUUACACUGUCCAGGAACUAUGGAAUGGAAUAGCUAGUAGUGUACCUAGCUAGCAAGACGCAGACAUGGCACGGCGACAUGCAUGUCGUCGUCGUCGUCUUUGUACUACUGUAUACUAGUGUUGAUGUACGUAGUAGAGUUGACCACACACUUUUCAGUCGAUCAGAAAUGUUUCCGAGAUACGAUGUG